UCUCACUCUCUCUCUCACACACACUCUUCCUUAAAACCAUCUACAUCUCCCCCAACCGAAAGGAAAGGAAAUCAUACGUCCCAUUUCCAUUCGUUUUCUUUUCAUACACAAUCGUUCUUGCUUUCGAUACCCUUUUUUUGCACAUCCUACCAACAUCUAAACUCAAACAGAAAACAACACAUCCCUUUUUAUUGCAACAAUGUGGUAUGUAUAUAUAUGCACCCAGAGAUGCAUACAGAUCGCGAAGACAAUUAAAGAAUUGACAAUCUAACUUUCUUUCACAGUGGAAUUUUCGGAUACAUUAAUUACUUGGUGGAGAAGGAUAGAAAGUAUAUUCUUGAUACACUUGUUAAUGGUAAACUCUUCUUCCCAUUGCCCCUCCUUCUGGAUUGAGGUUGUUAUUUAUACCGCCAUUUCAACCAACACAUCAUUCUUUUCCUUCACAACUUUUAUCCUCUCAUUGGGAUCUGCCAACUAAUUCCUCACAAUCUACAGGUCUUUCGCGCCUUGAAUACCGUGGUUAUGAUUCUGCUGGUCUCGCCAUCGAUGGAGACAAGAAGAAUGAAGUCUUUGCAUUCAAGGAGGUCGGCAAAGUCGCAAAAUUAAAGGCUCUCAUUGAGCAGGAGAAGCCAGAUCUCACAAAGGUCUUCGACUCUCACGCCGGUAUUGCACACACCAGAUGGGCCACUCACGGACCUCCAUCUCGCCUUAACUGCCAUCCUCACAGGUACGUACAAGUAUUGUAGGGUUCUAAACACUGCUGAUUUGAGACUCGCAGAUCUGACCCCUCCUGGCAAUUUUCAGUCGUACACAAUGGUAUCAUCACCAAUUACAAGGAGUUGAAGACUCUGUUGACAUCAAAGGGCUUCAAGUUUGAGACCGAAACCGACACAGAGUGCAUUGCCAAACUUGCAAAAUACCUUUACGAUCAACAUCCAACAAUUGGUUUCACAGAUUUGGCAAAGGCAGUUAUCAAGGAGUUGCAAGGUGCUUUUGGUCUUUUGAUGAAAUCAGUACACUACCCACACGAGGUUAUUGCUGCACGUAAGGGUUCUCCUUUGGUUAUUGGUGUACGAACAGAGAAGCGCAUGAAGGUCGAUUUCGUCGAUGUCGAGUACGCCGAGGAUGGACCAUUACCUGCCGAGAAGGCUUCACAAAACGCUGCAUUGAAGAAGUCCAGCGUCGGAAACUUCCUCUCCGCCAGCAAUGCUCUCGCCCCAGCAGACAAGUCCUUGUUGCACAGAUCCCAAUCUCGUGCAUUCAUGACUGAUGAUGGAGCUCCAAUGCCAACAGAGUUUUUCCUUUCUUCAGAUCCUUCUGCUAUCGUCGAGCACACUAAGAAAGUCAUGUACCUUGAGGAUGAUGAUAUCGCACACAUUCACGAGGGAUCUUUGAACAUCCACAGACUCACAAAGGUCGAUGGUUCAUCCAACGUCCGCACAAUUCAAACUCUCGAGUUGGAACUCCAAGAAAUCAUGAAGGGCAAAUUCGACCAUUUCAUGCAAAAGGAGAUUUUCGAACAACCAGAAUCCGUCAUCAACACCAUGAGAGGACGUUUGGAUGUCGAAAACAAGACAGUCACACUUGGUGGUUUGAGAUCAUACAUUGCUACUAUCCGUCGCUGCAGAAGAAUCAUCUUUAUCGCUUGCGGAACCAGUUAUCACUCAUGUAUGGCCGUUCGUGGUGCCUUUGAAGAGUUGACCGAAAUCCCUAUUGCGGUUGAGUUGGCAUCAGAUUUCCUUGAUAGACAAGCACCAGUUUUCCGUGAUGAUACUUGUGUCUUCGUUUCUCAAUCUGGUGAGACUGCCGAUUCUUUGAUGGCUCUGCGAUACUGCUUGGAGCGCGGUGCGUUGACCGUUGGUAUUGUCAACGUCGUCGGUUCCUCUAUCUCCCUCCUCACGCACUGUGGUGUUCACGUCAAUGCUGGUCCCGAAAUCGGUGUUGCUUCUACCAAGGCCUACACUUCUCAAUUCAUUGCCAUGAUCAUGUUUGCUCUUUCUUUGAGUGAGGAUCGUUCCUCGAAACAGAAGAGACGUGAGGAUAUCAUGGAUGGACUGGGAAAGAUCUCGGAACAAAUUAAGGAGGUCUUAAAGCUUGAUCAGCCAAUUAAGGAGCUCUGUGCCCGAACAUUCAAGGAUCAAAAGAGUCUGUUGCUUUUGGGUAGAGGUAGCCAGUACUCCACUGCUUUGGAGGGUGCUCUUAAGAUUAAGGAGAUUUCUUACCUCCAUUGCGAGGCUGUUAUGUCUGGUGAACUUAAGCACGGUGUCUUAGCAUUGGUCGAUGAGAACUUGCCAAUCAUCAUGAUCCUUACCCGUGAUGAGAUCUUUGCUAAGUCUCUCAACGCUUAUCAACAAGGUAUGUCUAAACUCGCAUUUUUCCUGUUUCACCGAGUUCAAUUCUAACGUAUCACAGUCAUUGCUCGUUCUGGAAAGCCAAUCGUUAUCUGCAACCCCGGUGAUGAGGAAUUCAAGACCAGCCAAGCCGAGAAGAUUGAGAUCCCCGCUACCAUUGACUGCUUGCAAGGUCUUCUCAACGUUCUCCCACUCCAACUCAUUUCCUAUCACUUGGCUGUUGCCGGUGGUCUCAAUGUCGACUUCCCAAGAAACUUGGCCAAGUCAGUCACUGUCGAGUAAAUGUUCAUUUGGCAUGGCAUGAUUAUACAAGGCUUCUAAGCUCUAUCGCUUUGGUGUUCUGCUAGACUUCAGAUGCAUUAAACGGAGAUUAAAGGAAAGGGGCAGGGAAGGAUGGGCAAGAAGUCUAAUACACGUUUCAAGUAUUUUGUGCUUCUUUUUUUUUUGCGUAGAUAAUGAGACUUAGCGAAUUGUGGGUACCUAAAAAUUAACGGGUUUGGGAAUCUUUGAUGGAGGGAUGGUAUGGUAUGUGCUAUUGUAUGUAGCCAGCUGCUAUUGCGAUGGAUGCGAUGGACGCGAUGGAUGGGAUGGAUGCGCGCGAUGGAUAUCUCUUUAAAUAUAGAUAUCAUUUUAUUUUGCAAAUGAAGGAUGAUUUGAUUGCAAUUUUGCUCGGGAAAGUCAAUGAAUGAUAAGACAAGCUAUCUCUUCCUUUCUUUUUCUCGAUA